AUGGCGUCUUCGAUUUCGUUUCGGCUUCCUUUGAUUCUAGUAUUUCCAUUCCUGUUUCUUCAAAGCAACCCUUCACAUUCCCUCACCUGUUCAUCCCAGAAGUUUUCAGGAAACAGAGUUUAUAAUCAAUGCAACGAUCUUCCCGAAUUGAGCUCUUUCCUUCACUGGACCUACGAUUCCUCAAAUUCCUCGCUGAAGAUAGCGUUCGUGGCUGCUCCAGCUAAAACCGGUGGAUGGGUUGCAUGGGAGAUCAAUCCUAAAGCGCUGGCGAUGCUCGGAUCUCAGGCGUUGAUCGCUUACGAGGCUGCCGGGAAGAUGACGGUGAAGACAUUCGAUGUGAGUUCUUACAAGAUCGCGCCUUCGAAGAUUGCUUAUGAGAUGUCGGAUAUGGAAGCAGAGAACGCGGAUGGGACAUUUACAAUUUUCGCCACCAUUGCUUUGCCCGCUAAGAUGACGACGAUUAACCAGGUUUGGUAG